AUGCCUUUUACUCCCAUGCCAAAGGUGCCGGAUAUUUACCUCCGAAACUGCAAUAUUAACGAUACACCUGCUGAGCAGUAUUUUGAACCCGUGCCUCUGGCCCAGCGCCCUGGGUUCAAUACCACCGGCAAGGAAAUAGCCUUGUCCGCGAACUUUUACCCCAUCCUUGAGUAUCCAAAGAAGAACGUUUACCAAUAUGACGUAAUGAUUGGAAACGGCGCCGAGAAGCGUAUUGUUAUGCAAAAGGUCUGGGACUCAAAGACUCGCAAGAGCAAACUUUCUCGUGACUUCAUUUUUGAUGGAAGCAAGCUUGCCUGGUCUAUGACCAAGCUCGACAAAGAUGCCAACUUUGUUGUCGAUCUUGACGCAGAGCAGGGACGCCCCCCAUCCAAGAACUCGAAUGCUUUCCGCUUGGUUGUUAGAUACACCAAGACGAUUUCAUUGCAGACUUUGGCAUCGGCAAUUCGCGGAGACAUUAGUCAAGACAAAGAGACAACUCAAUGUCUUACCUUUUUCAAUCAUCUGCUACGCGAAACCCCUAGCCAGAGAUUCAUAGCUAUUAAGUCUUCGUUCUUUUCUGACAAUAGCCCCCAGAUGUCUGUUGGUUGUGGCGUUCAUGCCUACAAAGGAAUCUUUCAAGCCAUACGGGUUGUUCAGCCUGGAUCUCUCGCUGUCAAUGUGGACGUUUCAAACGCCUGCUUUUGGUCACGUAACCAAUUGCUCGUAUCCGCUGUCCAGGUCCUUGAACUUCGCGAUCCUCAGCAGCUUAUCUACAACUGCAAACCCGAGAAAGAUGAUUUUGGAGGCCGAAAGGGCUCCAGAAAGUUCCAGCUCUUGGAUAGAAUGAGAAAACUCGUUGUCAGAGCUAACUAUCCAGGAUGCCCAUGCCCCGACAAAGAAUGGACCAUUAGAGAAUUCCUCUUGGCCAAUGCAAAGGAGUAUAAACUUGAGAUAAAGGACCAAGCAACCGGGAAAAUCAACUCCAUCUCUGUCUAUGACUAUUUUAAGAACCGAUACAACGUCACUUUGACAUACUGGGAGCUUCCGUUGGUCCAGAUGACUAAAAAGGACGUGGUAUACCCGAUGGAAGUUCUGGUGAUCUACAAGUCGCAAAAGUACCCCUUUAAACUCAAUGACUUGCAAACAUCAUCAAUGAUUAAGUUUGCAGUUACGCGGCCUGCAGAACGUCGCAAGGCAAUUGAAGAAUCAAAGAAGAAUCUGCAGCACCCAUCUGACCCAAUGCUUAAUGCUUACGGCAUGAAAAUCGGCGAUAAUAUGAUGAAGACCAGAGCACGUCUUAUGCCUAACCCUGAAAUCAUGUUUGGUGGAAACCAGAAAGUUAACCCAGGAACAAAUGGGCGCUGGGAUCUGAGAGGGAAGAAAUUCUACACAAAGAAUACAAAACCUCUAAAGUCUUGGGGUGUUGGUGUCUUCAAGGGCCGCAACCCAAUUAAUAUGGCUCAGGUUGAAGCAUUUUGUGAUGCUCUUGUUCGGGCUUAUCAAGGCCACGGCGGAGAUAUUGAGAGCCGCCGCCCCCUGAUCAUGGAAGUUGUUGCGGACCCUGCUAAGGCAGUCUUUGAAUUAUUCCACGCUACGGGUAACAAAUUCAACCUUCGCCCUGAACUAAUGAUAUUUGUCGUGGCAGAUAAACAAAGCUUCCAUUACCUGCGAAUCAAAAAGUCGUGUGAUUGCCGCUUUGGUGUCCCAUCGCAGGUUUUACAGGGCCAGCAGGUGGUUAAGUGCAAUGGUCAGUACAUUUCAAACGUACUGAUGAAAAUCAAUGCCAAAUUGGGUGGAACGACCGCGAGAGCAGUCUCAAAGCAGUGCAGUGGGCUUCCUCCAUUCACUAUGAUUAUUGGGGCAGAUGUCUCCCACUCUUCCCCGGGCAGUUUCUCGCCAUCUAUGGCUGCGAUGACCGUUUCCAUGGAUACAUUUGGUGGCAGAUACACUGCUGGAUGCGAAACCAACGGAGAGCGUGUAGAGCUUAUCAGUCAGGCUAAUAUCAAAUCCAUCCUGUCUCCAUUAAUUCGUGAGUGGGUUAUGACGGUUGGCAAAGGCAGCGUUCCGCAGAAGGUUUACUACUUCCGUGAUGGUCUUUCGAGCGGGCAGUUCCAGGCCUGUUUGCAGCAAGAGAUACCACAUAUCAAGGACAUCUUCAGCGAGAUUAUGGGUAGCGAGUGGCCCGGAAAGAUGACCAUUGUUGUGGCCUCUAAACGUCACCAUGUUCGUGCGUUCCCUGAGCCUAAUGACCGCAUGGCUGCCGACAAGAACGGAAACCCUCUCCCGGGCACUUUGGUUGAACGGGAUGUUACUGAUCCAUACAACUGGGAUUUCCUCAUUUACUCCCACAUUGCUUUGCAGGGCACCUCGCGCCCAGUACACUACCACGUUCUUGUUGAUGGCAUUGGACACAACCCGAAUCAACUCCAGAAUAUGAUUUACGACCACUGCUACCAGUAUAUGCGUUCUACAACCUCUGUCUCCUUAUUUCCGGCCGUCUACUACGCACAUCUUGCUUCAGCUCGCGCCCGUUCGCACGAGGAUGUGCCAGCCAGCUCUGGACCACAGUCUGGACCAGGAGUCAAGCAAGGUCAGGUCCGACAAGGACCCCGUGAGUCUGAUACUCCCCAACUGCUACCUAUGCCAAACAAUGACCGCAUCGGGUUCAAAGUGUGGUACAUUUAA